AUGUUACUUCGCAGCAGCCCAGAGGGUAAAAUAUCGUCUAAUGUGAGAAACAUCGUGGAGAGGGAAAUCCGAAAUGGAAACGUGUCUGUGGUGAGUAGGAGAAGAAAACGAUAUGCUCCAUGGUACGACCCGAGUCAUUGGAACGGACCAGCAUAUGUGCGGAGAAACAACUGCUACAACUACGCAAGCACGAUCCGGAACAACACUUUUGCACAGCCUGGCUUUGGAGCGGGACGGCCAUACCCUUUUCAAUUUACCGCCGAAGACAUGAAACGAGCUGCAGAAGCUGAUGGAUGUGUUUCCCUGGUAGCAAAAAAACACAUGUGCGCCCCAAAGGGACCAGAACAUCUGAUUGCAUUGUUUGUCUACAUUGGUAAGUAAAGGUGCAUCGUUGGAUUACCAAAUUUGGCGAUCGUAUCGAACUCUCAAUAAUUAAAUCAUAUGCAGCAUUUACUUUGGGUGAAAGCUCAUGCUCUUAUAAAGGCAGGCAACCUACCAUAUUAAUACAUUACUAUUUGUACCAUUCUACUUUUCCUAUUUUAUUCUGGAAUUCAACUAAAAUCGAAAAUCACUUUCGUAAUUACCUGGAAUACAAGUACUCUAAUCUGUAUCACACAAGAACAAAAACAUUUGCAACAAGAAACAAGGAGUGUAUGGGUAUCGUACAUCACACUUUUUUUAAACAGAGAUCGCAAACUAUAUCUAUAUAUCGCUCGCCUUUAUAUCGUACUUAUACCACGUUUAUAAGUUAUUUAAAAAUAUCAGCUCAGUGUUCUUCUCUCUCUUUCCACAGGCGAUCCAAAUGAUUAUUUUGAUCGUGAUUUUCACUUUUACCGAUUGGACAAUAAUGGAUACUGGUCUCACAAAGCUGGACAAACUCCUGCUACAAAUGUGGAUGGAGCAGGAAACCGUAUUCGUGACCCAAGAAAAGCUGUAAAUGGCUACUUCGAUUAUAAAUUUGUCUCCUUUAUGACCAUUAAUAGAAACAAUGUAACCAUACAGGGAUACUGAAUAAUAUCUGACAGAAUAAUUGUCUCGUUACUCGUUGUCCUUUGUAAGUUGCAAAGUAUGCUUUCAAGUGAUGUUACAACCUGGCUUGCCCAGCUGAUAAUAAAUUGAUCACAUUUCCAAAAACGAUUUACAUUUUUUCGUUGUUCUUUCAUAACGAAACUUUAUUUCAGGGGCCCAAAUUAAUCAUACACCACGUACAAGAGAAAUCAGUCCCUUCCUACAGCAUCACGGACUUUCGAAUUGGAAAUGUCCUAAAUGUUGUAAACUAAAGGGAACGCGUACCUAAAGGGGCGUACUUACCGUGGGAAUGUACCGCUUUUGGUCGUUUAAAACUUUGGUUUGAAUGUUGCUCACGCCGUCGUCUAAGAAAUAUUUCCUUUAGUUUGGACUAUGCAACUUUGCGCUUUCCUAAGAUAUCUUGAGUUACAGUGCUUAUAUUUUAAACAAGGAGAGACAUUGAACAGACACAAAAAAGCAACCAAUACAAAAUAAUCGACCCGGAAAUUUGAAGUAACUGGAACCUCGCAUACAUAAAAAAAAUUGCGAUUUACGAAGUUAAUAAACAAAUUAUGAUUUACACUAUUAGACCUAAGACAUUCUUAUAAGACUAUUGAUCCCACUUUCUCUUGGGUAUUUUACAAACUAUAGCCUUUUACUUUAUUUAUUUUCGCCUUCUUGGUCGUCAAAAUUUUAGCUUUAUUUUGAAGGGAAAGGGAGAAGUCGAUGGAAACUCCUGCUUCAAUUUUCGUAGGCUCCAUUACCAGGAGAUGAUUUAAUACCGCUGUAAAAUAAAUUGUCAGGCAACUGCUGUUCUGUCUAAAAAUUCCACAAGUUGUCCACAGGGUGAUAAUAAAAAAAGGCAAAUGAAACAUAUUAAAACUGUAAAAGGAAAAUACCACAUGAGCCGAAAAAGAUACUAGAUUGGAAAAAUAUAUAUAAAAGAUGAAAUAUUCGCCAAGCUCGAAAAAAAAAAAAAACUAGCAUUAAUGGGCCCCUUAUCCAGUUUGUCAGUAAUUCCACGUCCGCCGACUCCAAGUUCCCCUUCGGCGCGAAGUAAAGCAAGACUGAGAAUAACCCCUUCAGUUCAGACGCCCUUGAAGAUUGUUAUCAAAUUUACUCGUAGAGAUGCGAGAAAUGAAUUUUACGCUAACAGAUGAAUGCUCAUUAAAAUAAAUUGCGGCCAAACACGAAGAUUGACGCAUUUUAGGCAGUUCAUAGAGUUAUACAAUUAAUUAAAGGAAGAGCUGCAAAGAGUUUUUUUCCAUGGUGAGACCCCUCAUUGCACCUGUUCUGUCGCACUUUGUAAUACUUGUCACAAUUUUAACAACGCUGGGAAUGAAUUUAAAAUGCAUUUGAAAGUUUUCGGCUAAGAGGCCGAAGUGUCUCAGACAAUGGCCUUUCCAGACGAGUGAAUUAAUCAUAACCAUUACAAUUUCCGAAAAAGAAAAUACAUUUGAGACAAACAUCUCCAGUGGGGACAAUGUCUGAAGCAAAAAAUCUGGAGCGAGUGAGCCACGCGACUUGCCAGUCUGUCGAUUUUUACGUCAAUCUGUCAGCCAUUGAGUGAACAAAUCAUUGGGUCAGUGAGUUAAUAAAAUGAAUAAGAGUUUUAUUACAUAAUCAUCGCCCUUAAAAGCGGAAUGCGAAAUAAUUUCCUAUUCAAAUUACAAAAAGGAUAAAAAAUCGUUACAGUUAUAUUGGAGUGGAACUUACAUGUGCACAUAUACAUUUCAUAAGUUCAUUUGUUGAUGAUUUAUAUUACCGAUUGAAAUUUAGCAAAUUUACACUUAUAAAAUUGACUGAGUGAGUUAGUCAAGGAGUCAUUGAGGCAGUUAAUCAGACAAGUUUGGGGGGGAUGAUGAGAAAAUUUGUCAAAUUGAGAUAAAUGAAAUGAAUCAAAAGAAUUCAUCUAAGCAUUCUAAACACUGAAUUAGCAUCACGACACGAUCACGAGGUCAAAAUAGCGAGUGGCCACGCUUAUCGGGCUCUUGAAAAAUAUGAAUCCGUAAAAAAGCCGAAGAAGUUGGUCCCUAGGACGGUAGACAUGUAUCCUGAGGUAGCAAGGACUCACCUGCCUCGGAAAAUUUAGACGUGCUACUUGUGUUAGGCUUGAUGCUAUUUAUAACAAAACAACUAGAGUAACAGGGUACACACUCUCCCUUAUAUAUCUUUAAUUAAGUCGAAGUCGACACUUCGCACCACAUCCUAGUUUACACUACGAUGGCUAAUACCUAAUACAAUUCCACAACGUGUCUUCGGGGCCAAUACAAACAAAUUGUAAAUAAACAUUAUAAAUAGACAUAGAGCCAGUUAUUCAUGGCUAAAUACAAAGUGCAACCUAGGAGUUGAACUCGGGUCAACCAAGAACAAAAUUAAUUCCGUGAGUAGUAGAGUAGAGGGCUUGAACCUCGGACCACCAGAUUUAUACGUCAAGUCCCCUUAACACUCUGCCACACUUCCUCCACAAAUUAUACAUAUGUGAAAGAUAGUUUAUUAUUUUCAUCCUUUAUUUAUUUAUAAGAGAUUCAUAUAUUUUAAGAGUCAGUGGUGCAAUCAUUUCAUUCUUUUGAGGUAUCAAUGUUUGAAGCUAAUCAUUUUAGGCCAGCAAGUAAACCGUAUUACGCGUGUAAGGUUGUUAUCAUAAAUGAUGUAACUUAAGUUACCAUUGUAAAUAGUAAGUAUAGUAUAAACCAAAAAUACAAAACAAAGCAAUGACUUACCCAUUUGUAAGCUUAUUAAAAAUAUUUUCUGACGAUGCAGAUGUUGUUUCAACACUUGAGGUCAAAAGCCUCGAUCAUAUGACUAACCCUGAUCUGAUAUAGACCCGAUCACGCUUUUAUUGAUGCUAAUCAUUUCUAUAAAUAGAAAACUCCAUCGUUUUAAGAGUCAAAAGCUUGCAAAGUCUCCCUCAGGGCCAAACAGGUAGAUAAUUACCAUUCAAGUGACGAUAUCCGGUUGAGUUGGACGAUCAAUGACCUAGAAAAGAUGUCAGUUGCACGUUCAGACCUCUAGAUUUGUGUAGUAGCCAGUGGUAAGCUCAGGGUGGUCUAAAUAUGCAAAAUACUAUUGCGCGAAAAAAAAAACGAGAAUCAGACAGAGAGAGCGCACCAGAUUUUAUAUCCGACUUCAGAUCAAGAUAUGCUUUCUUGAAGACCGUCACAAAACAGCUUUGGACGAUUUGAAAUCUGAGGGGCUAAUUUGCUCCAUGUCGAUCGCCACAAACGCCUGGAGAUCUCCAUGUCAUUUUUACUCCCCUUAGUCAGGAGGCCACCGCGUCUCCUGCGUUUCUUUUGAACACCAGAUAGAUAGCCCCUCCAACGUGGACACCCAUCUGGAUGCUGCGCGCCAGAUGGCGCCCAAAUCCACCUACCUAUUCCCAAGUCAUCACAGUCACUCGUUUGGCUGCCGUAUGUAACACUCUUGAAUCUCACCAUGGAUGAACUGCCGUUUCUCUUCGGUUUCUAUGUAGAACAAGUCAUCUCCCAUACUUUGGCGUGUUUUCUAGCUGUCCCUUCAUGUCUUUCCAGAUUCCGAAAUUGUGUAGGGGAAAUUUUUAUAGUAUGGAUUUUCGAUUUCUAUUUAUGAAAUCAAUCUAAAAAAGGAGUAGCAAAAACUAUUUCAUUGAUAUCCACAAGGUUAUACAAUAUACUUGCGAAAUUUAUUGUUUUUAUAGCUCUAUUGUUGAAAUAUAAGUUAGCUAGAGCCCCUUUUCGAUGAAAAUUGAAUUCAUAAAGUAUGACUAGAAUCUUUGAGAGGAUCUUCACUAAAUCCAGACUUCUUUUGUUGGACAUUUGCAGAAACGUUUUCACCCAAAACAUACGAUUACACUGUAACCCAAAGUUCGAGCCUUACAAGAAGUUCUGUCCUUUUAUGCGCUUAAGACGCCUUAUAAAUAUCACGCACAAAUUUCGCACUUAAUGAAUUCACUAAGGUCAUGUAUUUUUAGCUUGGGGUGGAAAGCAUUGUGGUUUCCUAAUGUAGAUUUUUAUUGCCGAGGUCAGUUUGAUAUAAAAAAGAACCAAUCUCAUCGCUGUUCGUCGAUACAUCAAUCUAACUCACAGGCGUCUGAGGAUCACUAAAAGAGGACGGAAAUUGGCAAAGGCCAUAUGCGAAACGAAAGGCGGUAGGUGACACCUACGAAUAAACAAUUACACAACAUUCGUUUCGGAUUUAGCGAAAUGUGACUCUCGCCUCGCAGCAUGGAGGUGAUUUGUUACAACAAGAUUUUUUUUUUAUGAGGGUUUGUACAAGGAAAAAAGUAUUCGUAAUGUUUGGUUUGUCUGAAAAUUUGGUUAUCCUGUGUUUUAUCUAUGUAACCGUCAUCGAUUUCAAUAGUUAGUUUAACAUGUAAAACACACGCAUGGAUUUGUGUCAAUGGUGGACUAUCUAUAAAAAACCUUAGCGAAAUUGACAUAUCCCAAGGCCUGGACCAUAAGCCUCCUUCUGUCCCGUUAUGAUCUCUUAGCGGCGAAUGUCAAAACAAAAAAAAAUAAUGAAUUAAUAUGGCUUAAUAUUUGGAUGAAUUCGCGGUUGUAUUUUAAAAUGGAUUAAGUAUUUCCAAAAUAUCUUUAGUUCAAGGGACCGUAACGAAAAAGCCUAAGCGAAGCAGAAAUGCGCUGCAUCAGAGCAUAAAAAUUUCUGCUUUGACUGUCGCUUUUAGCCAGUUUUCCAUGCUCGGGUGCAUCAAGGAUCGUAUUCAUUCGAGAAAGUCAAUUUUGAUUCACUCUGAUCUGUAAAUUUCUUGAGUACCACCCCCACUGCAGGAUUUUUGGAUGUUCUACGCUUUCUUGAACGCUGCGCUGGGUGCACAUUUUUGACGUUUAUCAAUAAAGGGCAAAAUUACUGAGCGCUGAUUGGUUGAGAGAGAGGGCAUUUUUUCUUAAUCGAGGGCAUUUUUAGUAAUCAAGAGAGGGCAUGAUUACCUUGUUCAGUUAAAAGCACUUUGUUGUUUUUCUGUUGGCAGAAACGCUCUGUUGAAAUGAGCUUUGUUUUCUAGACUUUUGGCAGUGUAUCACGACACAGUUUUGGAGAAUAAAAUUUCAUUGAAUCGAUUGGUCAGUUCAAUUUGAUUGAUGAUUUGCCGUAGCGCUAAACAAGCUUCCCAGAUAAAAAUAGACUGCGCGCGUGAUUUUCCUUCGUAUAAAUUUUGCCCUUUAUUGAUAAACAAGUUAUCCCAUGAGACCUCGUACUAUUAAGGAUUAAUUGCACUUGAGUUUUCAAAAUUUUCCAAAUUGCCCUCGUCGCUUCGCGACUCGGGCAAUUUUGGAAAAUUUUGAAAACUCUCGUGCAAUUAAUCCUUAAUAGUACUUGGCCUCAUGUGAUUACAUAUACUAACCGAUGAAAACAUUUGUUGUCGAUGUGUGCCCCACUUUACUGCUGACAGAUUAGACAGCUAUAAAAAAGUGCUAAAAAUUGAUCACGAGAGGAUGUCACUUAUAGAGACAAGAUAAAAGAGGAUUAGGAGAGACAUCAAUUCUAUUUUAAAACAUAAUUUAUUUAACAUGAACGUUAAGGAUCAAAAAGCAAGUAGGUAAGCAAAGAAAAGCAAGUUACUGAUGGGGAAUGAAUUUGAAGUACAGUUUGAGUAAUAUCCCUUAGAAAUCACCAAAGUAGUUGCGUCAAUUUUCAAGGUCCACGGGUGCGAUAUAUGAUGAAGCUUCAGCAGACAUAUGAAUCUGAGGAAUUUUACACAUGAACAAUUUUUACCUUUCUCGAGUCUGUCGAAAAAACGUACAACUAACUACCGUAACUACCAGUUCUUGAUAACUUAACAAAAUAAUUUCAAAUUACAAGAUCUGGAAAAUAGUUCCUGGUUUUUUUUACUAAUCUCAUUACGAGUAGAGCAUUCUUAAUCGACUCUAACAGGAUGGUCUAACCAAUAUGUGAGUAAGAAGAAUAAUAAGUAGAUAAAAUAGCGUCAAACUUAAGAUCUUUUCUUUAAACCUGUCUGAAAAGAUAAUGAUACCAGUAUGGCGAUUCAUUUACAUAAUCUGCUCGGGGGUAAACCAACCAUGAAGUAACAUACUCAGUAACAGGUUGACUUUAUGAAGACUCUUUAUUCGGCUUAUGCGAAAUAUUCAUUAUGUCACUUGUGAGCAGAACACUUUCUGGUAUGUUGGCAUAAAUAGCUAACCAGGGUAUUUAAUUAAAAACUUCACGGCUCACGUUGGGUAAAAGUGAAAAAGAAGACCAUGGGGCGACACAUCCCAACAGUUUGGGCGGUUUUCAUAUCCCUCUGUUUCCUAGGAAUUGGUAAAGGUAUGUAGAGGUGAAACUUUUCAAAAACUAUGGAAAUUGGCAGGGUUGCUAAAUUGUGUUCAUAAAAAAGAUAAUUUUACAUAAUACUAAAUUUAGGCAGUGGUUUCAAGAAAAAAACCUUAAAAGCUGAAGUAGGUUGUGUUUCAUGAUAUGAAAUAGAAUAUUUCUGUUUAAGUCUUUAAAAGCAAAAAAGGAACUUCAAACUUUAGCGAGCUAUUUUACAAGAUUAUUUACAGCAUAUUGGAGUGUGUGGAUCGGAAGAUCUUAAAUAGCAGAUCAGUCCAACUCCUAGUAUUCUAAAAAAUUGUUCAGUUGCACAGGGGAAAAACGGCCAAAUUCCAAAUCCUUUAUGAGCACACAGUACAAAUGUGUAGAACUGUAGGCUUCUUCGUUUACGGAUCAAGAAAGAUACUCGGGAACUGAAAGAAUUAUGUCACAAUAAAUUGACAAGUUGCAGCAGCAUAUCAGCAGGUGACUUUACUGUAGGGAACCAACACUUAAUUUCAACUCGCAAAUAGAUUUUAGGGGAUCAAAUCCGCAACGAAUUAGUUGUCUUCCGGUUUAAUUUACUUUAAGAACUACACCUGUAGGUCAGUUUAGUACCACCCUGUUGAUAUAACCAGCUGGUUAAAAACAAUUGCUUUUGACCUCAGUUUAUUAUGCCAACCCGUCAUCAAAAGCACACAUUCAUGCUACAUACCUCAACUUAAUAAAAGUGAUAUGGAUCAGUGAGGUCGGUUAAGAAAAUGAACCUUCCGGUAAAAGUUACUUAUUCCCCUACAAAAAUUUGCAUGACCAAGAAGGGGAUACUCCACCGCAGUAUUCAGUGGUCACCCCAGUAAAUAAUGCUCGUUUGUUUGAUUUUCAUCAGGUCAGGAGGCACCUGAGGGCGCUGCCAGUGGAAAUGGUCCUGAAAGUAGCAUACCUCCAGGUAUCUCUUAAAUCAGCAAAGACUUCAGUAGAAACAUUUAUAGGAGACAUAUUGCCUAGAUAAUUUCUCUUUGUUUUAGGUGAAGACGGUUUCAUCAUAACUUUGGAAGUACUUUCCGGUAUUCCUGACCCACAAUGGACGAUUCGACAGGAUGACGAAAAGUUCAGUGAGGUACAAAACCUUUACAAAGAUGCGGAAAAACAUAAACCGGAGGAGGCACCAGCAAAGCUCGGAUACGAGGGAUUUGUAGUACAGGAGGUGAGGAAGGGACAUUACCAGCCAUUGGUAUUGAUUGUGGGUCCUGAAACAGAGGAGCUGCAGCUACUCUUACUCCGGACCAGUCCUCCUAAUAAGAUUUCAACGAGUCUCAACAAUAUCGUCGAAGGAGAAAUUCGGAGUGGAAAUGUCAAUGCCGUAAAAAGAAGUAGAGCGAAACGUUACGCACCCCCUUAUCAGCCCGGAAGAUGGAACGACAAUGCCCACGUGCAGUUAAACAACUGCUACAACUACGCAAGCACAAACAGGACUGACACCUUUGCACAGCCCGGGACAGCGACAGGGAAACCGCUUCCGCGGCCUUUUACCGGAGAUGACGCGAAGAAAUCAGCAACGUCGGAUGGCUGUGUUUUUGUGAAGGCCAAGAAAACUAUGUCUGCUCCUUCUGGUGAUGAACACCUUGUGGCUUUAGUUGUUUCCACUAGUAAGUACCUACAACAUUACUGACUAAUUAUCGGUUAGCCUUAUAAACGCCGCAAGAAUGACUAACCUCGUGGUCCAUCUUAGUUGUAAAGCUUGCAUACCUGCAAACUUACAGAAGCAUAAAGAUUUGCUCGAGAAUGGACAUUAGUCUUUAGUACUUUCAGACUUUUCUCGAACGAUAUUAAUGCAACUCGGGUGAAAAGGCUUAUGGGAAAAAAGAAGUAAGCAACACGAAACUAAAAUAAAAUGAAACUCCCGCAAAAUCAGUUUUCAUGCUGCAAGGGAUUUCAAAGGGAUGUUUCUCAAAACCUAGUACAGGAAGCCCUAAUGCAUGAGAUUUGUUUCAAAAAGACCCUUUUUAUUGUCGUGAGUAUGAUCAGUUCAUAUUUACUUUCACAGGGAUUGUCAACGAUUACCACUGGUACCGACUGGACAAUAAUGGAUACUGGUCUCACAAACCUGGCCGAACCCCUGCCACUGAUCGUGACGGGAAUGGAGACAAGAUACGUGAUCCAAGAAAAGCUGCCAAUGGUUUCAUACCCUAUGAAUUUGUUUGUUUCAUGAAAAUCAAUAGGUUCACUCUAAAAAUCGCUUGAGUUUAAAAAGUAUCUGUUAAGAAAUCUGAUCAAUAUUACAUAAGUGUAACUCAAACUUAAAACUUCAACAAUUAGCCCUGAAAAGAAGUAAAUAAAGUGACUGUUUGAGAACACGAACAUCUUUGUCAGUUCAAUGUUGUCUUUUGCCGCUUCUUCCUCGUCAGCUCAUCACUAUUUUUUGUAGUUUUUUAGAUAAUUAUAUCUUAACUAGGCUCGCUACAAAAAAAAUUUGAUUCAUUACCCGCACGUUAUAAUUUUGACAAGAUACCAUUGGCUCAAAAAUGUAUGACUGCUUUAGAAUGGCGAAAUAACUCUCUCUUUUUCAUUUUGUGUAGCUUUUUGAGUGGGAAACUCCUUAUUUUAAGUUAUUUAGUGAAAUGAAAGCUUUUAAAAUACAAUUCACUGAAAGCACAAGGGGGUUCCAUCUGAUGCCUUUUAUAUGAGUAUAACCAGAGAGGACCCUAAUAAAUCGAAAAGUCUAGGUCUUCCUCACUGCCGCUGAAACUCAGUCCAAUCCCCUUCGUCAAAUUGUAUGUACGCUGAUUAAAAUCCCCUCUGAAGAAAACUAGUUUUGAAAGCUAAAUGAGUUCAUUUCUCUUGAUGAAACGAAAGAAGCAAACUAAUGUUAAAAACACAGACGCAUCUGGUUCAUUCUAAAAUUACUAUCUCCAAGUAAUGGCUAUCUUGGUAAUUUAGUGUUAACAACUGGGUUGAAAACGUAAAUUAGCCACCGUAAAGAGUAAAAAAGCUGACGUUUCGAGCGUUAGCCCUUCGUCAGAGCGAUCGCUCUGUCAGCUUUUUUACUCUUUACGGUGGCUAAUUUACGUUUUCAACCCAGUUGUUAACACUAAAUUACCUGCUAUACUCUCCCACCAACGCAGCACCACAGUUUCUUUAGAAACUUACCCCUUUAUUCAUAAUGGCUAUCUUGGAUUGUUCAGUCGACAAACUUCUUCUACAAAUGAAAUAAACUGCACGCAAAGGUCUCACGCAGUAAGGACAAUAUGACGUACACACGAUUUCUUAAUGUUUCUAAUUUCUUCGAAACGAUUAUCUGUUUUCUAAGCAGCAACAAAAAAACACGCCCAACUCAAGAGAAAAGUUUUAUAAGCAUAACAGAUUUUGCUUUUUGCUCGUCGUGGAUGCGGUGCGCUUCUCGUAGCAUUUAAGACAAUUGAACAUAACCAGCCUAACGAUAAAGGCGGUUGGGCUCGUAGAUGAUUUUUAGAUUAUCUAGGAAUUGAUGGUUUCGGGAAAAAUAAGCAGAGAGAUCUACCGAGUCAAGAAGAUCAAAACAAAGAUAUACAAUACAUCGGAGCAUAAGUAUUUCUGCCUUGACUUCGACUUGUGGUUAACUUUGCACGCUCGAAUAACUCUCGGGGUCUUUCUGUCCACGAACAUAUAAAUCGUUGGUCAUUCAAGGAAAAAUUUACUUCAAAUGACUACAAAUGUCCAUUGUACCGUACUUUCAUUAAGGCUACAGAAAAGUAUAAGACAGAGAAAGGUAUUUUUGACGUGAAUAGAUACACAACCCCAAAAUCUAUCAGUGUUUCACUUAAGCUAAGUGACAGCGAAAUAGCCUGAGUCGUGUUAGAAUUUAUAACAACCUAUAUGUCACUUAUUAACAGAAAAUUUUCAGGAACAAGAUUAAGAAUGAUAUAAAUGCUAAAAGCAUCAUUCCAUUGGCCUGACCUGGGUGAAAAAUGAACUAAGGAUAGCUACAAAUGGAACAAACCCAUAUCAAACGACAACUGUAAUAGAAUCAAACAGUGGUCACUUCAUUGUUCAAGAUUUGAUCCUCGGGAAAAUUAAAAGAAAAGAACGUUAAGUUGCAUAGCUACAAGUUCUAUAUGACAGAGCUCUAUCUAAGACAUGAAACUUGGGUAAUUUCAGGGGGAAUUUUUCAUGCCUUUGUUGAGUUGAAAAGCAGUAUCGUACACUUUACACUGCUUUUUAACUAGUUUGAGCUAAUUUGUGGCCGUACGAAAAUGAAAAUGAAGAUUUAAAAUGAAUUGUUCUCACCACUUAAAUAAAGAUCAAAGUUCUCAUGACAAGAUCAAAUAUCUUUGAAACAACCUAUAAAACUUAACAUAGAAUUGUACAAAUUUUCUUCAAAACCCGUUAACAAAACAAGUGAUACCCGGUUGCUGACUCAUUAACAUAAUCUGCUUAGAAGCAAAUUGACCAUGAAGUAACAAACUGAGAAACAGGUUGACAGAUUCUUUAUGCGGCUUAUUCGAAAUAUUCAUUAUGUCACUUGUAAGCAGAAAACUGCUUGGUAUAUUGACAUAUAUAGAUAAUCAGUGAAUUCCUUUAAGACCAAACUUCUGGGUUCACGUUGGAAGCAAGUGAAACAAGAAGACGAUGGGACGAUACUUCCAGACAGUUUGGGCGGUUUUCAUAUCCCUUUGUUUCCUAGGAAUUACCAAAGGUAUGAAAAGGUGAAAAAUUUCAAAGGCGAUUGUGGUUCGUAGACUAGUUAAACUGUGUACCUAACGUAUUACUUUGUUCAUAACUGAAACAGUGGUGUCAUUUAAGAACACUCUUAGCUGGAUUCUGUGGGGUUUUUUUUAAUUGAAUGAAUACUAAACCAUUUAAAUGUAAAGAAAUAAUUGCAAACUCAGACAAGCUGUUUUAAGGUGCUAAUACAUAUGCAUAUACAGUUCAUGAGAUGCCAUGAAUCACAGUGUUUUGGAAUUCAAGCAAGUCCAAGUCUAAGUUGUUUAAAAAUUGCUUUAAAUUACUUCUCGGCACAGAAGCAUUUCUACCAAUCUCGGCCUCGGAAACUCAAGCUACUCUUAAAUACUCUUCUCGUUCUUGAUCAGCCUUUUGAACUAUCAUCAUAUUAAGAAUAUUAGUUUUCAAUUCACAAAUGCAUCACGAAAACGCAAUCGAAUGCUUUUUUCUUCUAUUUAACGAUUUGAAAACAUAUAAGGAAAACUUUGUUUAGCGCAAAGCCGUAUACAUUUCAGUUCUAAUUAAUCAAUAUUGCGUUCAUUAAUUUCAUUAACUAGGCUCUCCAUAGAAAUUUUUCAAAAAUAAAAUUGAGUGGGGUUGCGAAUUUGGAGAAGUCGGAUUAGUUGAAUGUCUUCUGCCAUUUUUUUUUUUUUUUUUUUGCGACUCCGUUACCGACAUUGUCCAAAGAUUACGAGGUUUGUAAGUCCGUUUUACGCAUUUUUUUUUUCUGCACGUGAUCAAAACGGGCAAGAUUGCCCGCUCAAGUAGCCAAUCAGAACAUGACUCGAUGCAUCCUGCUCAGUGGGACCGUCAGUUUUAGAAUGAAUGGUUAUGAUGGUGUUACUACUAUCAUCAUAAAAGGACACGGUUGAUCAUUCCUAUAAGAUAACCGAGUUAUUACGUGUUUAUUACGCUGUUUGGUUUAAUACUUACAAACUGUUCUUGUAGUUCAUGCAAUUUCCUCGUUAUAUUUUAGCUGGAUGGAAGUAAGAGUACAUUUGAAGUCAGUCAUAAAGAUUGAGUUCGUCUAUCGCAGGGUUCAAACUUCAAAAAACUUUAGAAUAAUUUGUUUUGGCGUGUGUUAAGGAGGAAACUAGCUACAGAGCGCACUACGCACGAAAGGCUCUAAGGAAUAGUUCAGUCUUCUUUAAUCAUCGAUGUUUAUUAUAAUUCUACUUUCGUAAAAUUUACUUCUCGCACUUCUCUUCCCCAGUCUGACUCUGACUGACUGAUCAACUCUGAUUUUCUAUCUCUGAUUUACUCGUACUUACUCAGAGUAACUCUGAUCGCCUGACCGCGAACUCUCUAUACCAUAAAAUAUCUUAUAUCGACCAUAAGUAGGCAUGCGCGGACAUGUUGGCCAACAAUAACCCAAACACUUUCAAAAGAGUCUCAUGAAUGAAUAACAACGCGCUUAAUGAUUCCAAUCACACAAUUAAUCUUUGCCUGCCAAAGCCAAAACAAGAACUUUAGUGUGAAUCCAAGGCAAGGUAAGAAGACUAGCAAACUUAACACGUCCACUGAAGGAAGUUAGAUAAAAUAGUAGCUAUUAGAAAACUCACCAAAACAACUUCGGACGAAGUAAACGAGAAAUAUAUACGAUGAUGACUAAAUUAUACCUAACUAAUUUGAUCAUUCACAACAUUAUAUCGGCCUCAAAAUGGUUCAAUUAACAUAUUUCAUUUCUAUCAGGUGAAAGGGCAUUUGAGCGCACCGUAAAUGGAAAUGGUCCUACAAGUAACAUCCCUCCAGGUACUUCUCUACUCUACUGAGAUUCAGGUAAAUAAUCACAUAAAGGGAGGAUGCAUUGCUAUGAUAAUUUAUCUUUAUUUUAGGUGAAGAUGGCUUCAUCGUAACUCUCGCGGUAUUUUCCGGCGCUUUAAACCCACAAUGGACGAUUGGACAGAACGACCCAAACUUCAGUGAAGCAAAAAGGCUUUUCAGAGCUGCGAACAAAUACAAACUUGAGGAGGCACCACCAAAGCUUGGAUAUGAGGGAUUUUUCGUGCAGGAGGUGAAGAAGGGGCAAUAUGAGCCAUUGGUAUUGAUUGUAGGUCCUGAAACAGAGGAGCUACAGAAACUCUUGUUAGGGACUGGCCCUCCUGAUAAGGUUUCGACAGCGCUGAACAGAGUCGUUAUGAAAGAAAUUCAGAGUAAAAAUGUCAGACCAGCGAAAAGAAAUCGAAUGAAACGUUACGCGCCAUGGUAUCAGCCCGAAAAAUGGAACGACGGCAUUCAUGUGUUUUCUAACAACUGUUACAACUAUGCAAGCACAAUCAGGACAGACACCUUUGCACAACCCGGGAAAAAGUCAAAGUUAACGUUUCCAAGUCCAUUUAAUGGAGAAGACGUAAAAAGAUUAGCAGAGGCCGAUGGUUGUGUUUUCAAGGAAGCUAAAAAACACAUGUGCGCUCCUUCCGGUGAUGAACACUUGGUGGCACUUUUUGUUUCCACUGGUAGGUACUUUAAAGCAGUCCUAAUAUUGUAUUGACAAUAGCACUGGAAGAUGAAAAAUGUGAUUACCACCCACAUGGCUAGGAACGUAAGUGUAGGCAGCUUAUGGGGUUUCUCGAUAACUUUGGUGGUGAGGGCUACUGGCGAAGGAGACGGAGGUGAGGGUUUCAGCGACCCCUUCAUAGUAGGACAUUUCGCGAAAAAUUUUUGUAGCGAAAAUGAAGCGGCCAGAAGGAACGACAAUCGUCUAUAGCUGAUAUUCUAAGUGGAGAGGAAGGACUGUGAUUUUUUUUUAUGGCGCUUAACAUAACAGGAUAAUGACUCCGGCCAUGCAGGAUACAAACCCUAACUUUUCCAGAUUUAAGGACGCUUCCCAAACACUCUUAGUUCCAUCGCAGCCUUUCUUUGGACUCUCACGCAGCGCUCCCCCAUGGGCGUGGCGUGACUAAAGAACGGCUGCGAGGGAGACUAAACACCCUAAACACACAAAUUGUUAAAGUUAUUAUGAAAUUCAUCGCUUUUUAUUUCCUUUAGAAAUAGGUCUUGAAGAUUACCAUUGGUACCGAUUGGACAAUAAUGGAUACUGGUCUCACAAAGCUGGCGGCACCCCUGCCACUGACCUUGAUGGAAAUGGAAACAAGAUCCGUGAUCCAAGAAAAGCUGCCAAUGGUUACAUACCCUAUAAAUUUGUUUGCUUCAUGACCAUCGACAGAACAACUAUUCAAAUCGAGUAAAUUUCUGCCAUGAUCCUGAUCCGUUUGGUCAUUCAAUGAAUCUAACGUAGUCCAGAAAUGUACAAACAAAUAGUUCUAACAGGUUG